UGGAGACUGUUUCACUGUGGUUUUUGCUUUUUCUCUGCAAGAAAAUCUUCUGGGGAGGGGAGUUAAUGGUUUUUACGAGCAAAUUGUUAAAAAUGGGGCCCCCUUGUGCAGGAAAUUGAAAUAAAUAAAGAGGGAGGGGUCAUGUCGGUGGGAAUUGGAGAAAGGAUUGCUGAGAGUUAAUAGCAGUGAGCCAGAGAGCCACCAAGAAAAUCUGGAAACCAAUGACUCUGUUCCUGUUGCUUGUUCCAGUGUUCGUAUAUAUAUUUAUGCCUGUCUCAGUGUUUCCAACAGGAAGCACGAAGGACUCCCUGUUCAGCUGAAAUAAGAGAUUCUGGGUAUUGCUUAGCAGCGGUGGCUUGGCAUGAAAAUGAUCUGCCAGAGAACCGUGGAAAGAGGCACUCCUUGAAGUUACUCUUUGAGAUAUGCUUAGCUUGGGAACUGCGAGGGUUGUUUGAGUUCACAGUUAAAUAAUCUUCACUCUGAGAUGGGGUGUAAAUGUUCCAAGUUCUCAGUGUGUAAAUGUUCCAAGUUCUCAGUGUGUUGGGGUUCGGAACCGAACCGAGCGGGUCCCUUGACCCACGAAGUUGAAACUGAGGGGGGAGCUGAAGGCUACAAUCUGCUGCCUUUUCGAGAGUACACCUAUGAUCAGCUAAGGGUUGCCACCUCGGGAUUUGCUGUGGAGAACAUAGUCUCUGAACAUGGCGAAAAAGCCCCGAAUGUGGUCUACAGAGGGAAACUCGAGGAUCAGAGGCAAAUCGCUGUGAAGAGAUUUAAUAGAUCUGCUUGGCCUGGUUCUAGCCAGUUCCUGGAAGAAGCGAAAGCUGUCGGUCAGCUACGUAACCAAAGGUUAGCCAACUUACUAGGUUUUUGCUGCGAAGGAGACGAGAGGUUACUUGUUGCAGAAUAUAUGCCCAAUGAGACCUUAGCAAAGCACCUUUUCCAUUGGGAUGCUCAGCCCAUGAAAUGGGCAAUGAGAUUGCGGGUCGCAUUACAUCUGGCGCAAGCUUUGGAAUAUUGCAUGAGCAAAGGGCGCGACCUCUAUCACGACCUUAACGCUUAUAGAGUUCUCUUUGAUGAUGAGGGCAACCCAAGACUCUCAUGCUUUGGGCUCAUGAAGAACAGCAGGGAUGGGAAGAGCUAUAGCACGAACCUUGCUUUUACUCCUCCGGAGUACUUGAGAACAGGUAGAGUCAUCCCUGAGAGUGUAAUCUACAGCUUCGGGACCCUUUUGCUGGAUCUACUCAGUGGAAAACACAUCCCUCCAAGCCAUGCAAGUUUUCACCUCCUUAAUACUGUGCAUCUUAUGAAAUCAUUCUCUAUCUAUCGUCCUUUGAACUUAAUAAUUCUGAAAGACAUGAAAUUUCAGGCACUCGACUUAAUACGGGACAGAAAUCUUCAGAUGCUCACAGAUUCCUGCUUGGAAGGCCAGUUACUGAACAACGAAGGAACAGAUUUAGUUCGUUUAGCUACUCGUUGCUUGCAAGCUGAGCCUCGAGAGCGGCCAAAUGCAAGAUCACUUGUUGCUGCUCUAAUCCCUCUUCAGAAGGACACCGAGGUCCCAUCUCACGUGCUGAUGGGUUUAGCGCAAGGAGUCGAGGCAUUACCUCUGACACCGCUUGGAGAGGCUUGCAAGAGAUUGGACUUAACUGCCAUACAUGAAAUCUUGGAAAAGCUUGGCUACAAGGACGAUGAAGGAGCAGCUGCUGAGCUCUCAUUCCAGAUGUGGACCAACCAGAUGCAGGAAACUCUGAACUCAAAGAAAAGGGGCGAUUCCGCUUUUCGGCACAAAGAUUUCCGAGGGGCAAUUGAAUACUAUACUCAGUUCAUUGAAGUCGGGACGAUGGUGUCCCCGACAGUCUAUGCAAGAAGGAGUCUGGCACACCUCAUGUGUGACAUGCCACAGGACGCACUCGAGGAUGUGCUGCAAGCCCAAGUAAUAUCACCCAGGUGGCCUACCGCCUCGUACUUACAGGCGGCAGCCUUGUUCACUAUGGGGAAGGAGAACGAGGCACUUGCGGCACUGAAAGACGGCUCCGCUCUCGAAACAAAAAGGACCGGGACAACUUGACCUUGAGAGUUAGGAAACCCAGCACUUGGUGGUACACCACUGAACUAUUAUCACCUCGAGGGCGACCACGAAGUGAAACCGUUGAUAUUGCUGCACUCUUCCAUGAUGAUGCGGUGGAUCGGGGUUUGGUCUGCUCUCGAAACUAGCCUGUCUGGCACUUUUGGAAAUAGCUGUGAUCGCAAAAAAAAAAAAAAAAAGAAAUUGUACAGGUAAAGCAUAUGAUAUGCGUUUCAUUUAUUGCGCCAUUAAGUUUAAUGCCAAUUUGGCUUGUCUUACCGUAUGCCACUGUGUAACUCAAACCUCCAUUUAGGACUAGGAGGCUCAAUCGAUCCCCUAAUCAUUCUUGGACGAUUAGUCCCCUCAACUUUAGGCAAAGAGAUGAUGCAAUCAGACCUUCAUGUUCAAAUUUUCAUGGAAUCGAUCAGGCGAAGAGAAGCUUAAACUGA